CCUCCGAUUUCUCAGAAGCAGCCAAAACCAAAAGAAAACACAGCAAUGUCAAAGCAGGUUGGUCGUUACGAUGGUGGGUACCAGAACUAUGACUACGAUUAUUCGGAUGACUAUUCAUACAAUCAAGGACCAGAAGUUCAGGCAACAAUUGGAUAUCUUGAGGUUGUGGAGGACAACAACCAGAUGAGCAGCUACGAACAAAGUUGGAGGACUCAUGAUCGUAAUAGGCAAACUGGAAGCUAUACGACCACCUCAACAAAGGCGGUUGCUUCCCGUGGUGAAACCUUCAAAGAAAGAUCAACUGGGAGAGUUGGCGCCAAGGACGAGUUCAAAACCACGUCCACGUACAGGGUUGGAGACAAAAGUGGAUAUACUGAGUAUCAGUGUCAAGAGAGGUUCCGCCGAGUUGAUUUCGGCGGAAGCAGCAGUGGAUCUGGUAGUAAGGGGGGAAGGGCAACAAAUAUCUCAAAUGAAGGGGUGUGGUAACUAUAUGAUGAUUGGCUCUCUUGCUUAGAAGAAUGUAGUUAUUUUUGUGCAGACUUCGGUUGGUGUUAAUAUGAUGGUUUCUGAUGGUCUGAACUUUGGGUGUUGGACGAUAGAUCUAAGAGGGCCCUUUUGUUGGUCUGUUUUGGUUGUGCUUGUAAAUGCUCUAAUAGGUUUAGAGAGAUGAAUUAAAUUCCAAAAACCAAAAAGUAAAUGGUAUCUCGUUUUGUUGCC